UCGCUCACCGCCAUAUUGGGUGAAGCCACUGAAGAGACGAGAAAGAAAGAGUGGAGGCAAAGAGAAGGAGGGGGAGAGACCGAGAUCUCGGGUUUAUAAACAGCUGCUUUUUAAUGCCAAAACGGGAAUAAAACGGUAGCCUCUUAGGAUCGGAAUCGCAGGCAAGAAGAGAUCAGGAUCUUCCCAUUUUUUGGACUUGUCUGGUGAGACUAUGACUUCCCUGACCCAGCGAAGCUCGGGCCUGGUGCAGAGGCGAACAGAGGCCUCACGCAGCGCCGUCGCCGACAAGGAGAGGGGAUCCGGGGACGAGGAUUCUGAGCCCCGCAGAGGGGAAGAGCAGGAGGAAGAUGACAAGGGGGAUUCUAAAGAAACUCGGCUCACCCUGAUGGAGGAGGUGCUUCUUCUGGGACUAAAGGACAGAGAGGGCUACACAUCCUUUUGGAAUGACUGCAUCUCUUCUGGUUUACGGGGCUGCAUGCUAAUUGAACUGGCAUUAAGAGGUCGUCUGCAGCUGGAAGCAUGUGGAAUGAGGCGGAAAAGUCUAUUGGCAAGAAAGGUGAUCUGUAAAUCAGAUGCUCCGGCUGGGGACGUGCUGCUUGAUGAAGCUUUGAAACACAUUAAAGAGACCCAGCCUCCUGAAACUGUGCAAAGCUGGAUCGAGCUGCUGAGCGGUGAAACGUGGAACCCUUUGAAGCUACACUAUCAGUUAAGGAAUGUGCGUGAACGACUGGCCAAGAACCUGGUGGAGAAAGGAGUGCUCACCACAGAGAAACAGAACUUCCUGCUUUUUGACAUGACCACGCACCCCCUCACCAACAACAACAUCAAGCAGCGCCUCAUUAAGAGAGUUCAGGAAGCCGUGCUGGAGAAGUGGGUGAACGACCCCCACCGCAUGGACAAGCGCCUGCUGGCCCUCAUUUUUUUAGCCCAUUCCUCAGACGUGUUGGAGAACGCUUUCGCCCCUCUUUUGGACGACCAGUACGACUUGGCCAUGAAAAGAGUACGACUGCUGCUGGACUUGGACCCCGAAGUUGAAAGUAUGAAGACCAACACAAAUGAGCUUGUUUGGGCUGUUAUGGCAGCCUUUACUAAAUAGAUGUUUGAAGUGGACUGAUAUCAAACUUGUUCUCCUGUCGCUAUGUCAUGUAGUUUUCUCUAUAUUGAAUUAGGCCAUUGAUGACUCCACAUGUAUCCUCAUUUUAAUAUUUCUUUUUCAGUCCAUGUAUUUCUUUCUUUAAAAAGAACUUUGCUUUUAUGAAUGCUCAUGUUUUUCUUCUGUUUCAACCAGGACAAAAAUUGGUUUGUUUUGAAAGCCACUGGGUGAUAUUUUGAGCAUUACUCUGAGACUGUGGAGGGACCUAUUCAUAGUAUUUACAUUUUUAUUGAUCAACCUAAUUCAUACUGAUUAUUUAGUUUUGUUUGUUUUUCAGCAAAUAUUUCCAGUUGUGUAUUGUGCAGCUCAAGAUAAUUCACUGUGACAUUUGAAUGCCUGAUUCUUUUUCUCAGUGCACCUGUGUAAUGCAGUAUCAUCUGUGUAAGGCCCUCCAGCUGAUAGUGCACACUUCUACAAGAAGAGGUACUGAGAUUUACCAUCCAAGUCAGUCCACCUAGCAAAACUUACAUAUUGCAGCAGUUUGCAACAAUUCAACACUGCUGUAGAAAUAUCUUUAUUUUUAGUUCUUCCAAAUCAUAAAACUAGAUAUUUUUAAAUCCUUAAAUAUAUAUAUAUAUAUAUAUAUAUAUAUAUAUAUAUAUAUAUAUAUAUAUAUAUAUAUGAUUUUACUAAAUACAUCCUUAAAAGAUUGGUUUAUGUGAAUUGCUUUUCUAUGUUGAUGGAUGCAGUGUGUUAGCCUCUUUUAAACCUGUAAUAUUUCAUUUUUAUAAUUUUAAAAAGCGCAACCAACACAGCUUCCCGUUGCCUAUACAUCACACUAUUGAAAUAGAUCAAUCCUGGGAUGGGGUACAUUCCAGUACACUCUGUAUAUAAUUUACCAUGUAGAGUAAACCCCUGUACCCUUGUAUUCUGCAAGACACAAGUAUGCACGUGGCCCUCAUUCUUACUUUACCCAGCAGCUGGGCUUCAUAAAGCAUGUGUGUUUCUGGUGUAAUGUUGAGGUGCACUGUAUAGGUAUCCCCACCCAUGCAGAUCAUCUUCUAGUUUUGUUUUUCCCAGUGUGUUGUACGAAACAGUUGUGAUGUUCUGUUUGUAUAAUCCAUAAAGGAAGCUUUUGUCCAGUUCUCCCAACCUGGAGUGUAAAAUAAGAUAAUGUGUUUCUUUGCAAAUCUUCAUAUACAGUAAAUAUUCUAUGCCUAUUUUGCAUGACAUUUUAUUUUUUUCAAUAUACAGUACUCUAAUUCAAACGAUUUAAUUACUCAUUUUGUAUUGCAUAUACCUUUUUAGUUACCAAAUUCCUUAAGCAAAAUCCUUUUUUUAAAACUUGCUAUUGUUACCUCUUAUGGCUUGCUUUAUGGUAGCUAACUUCAUUUAGUGUAUAUAAUACUUUGGGCUGAUAAGCCUUCAAUGAUUUGGGUGUAUAGCUGACUUGUGAUGGGGGUUUGCAGGUGUCUGACCUUUUUGUUAAUAUACUAGAUAAUGUAUAACUGUAUACAAGAAAUUAAAGGGAUUCCUAAUCUGUAUACAUGCUUUUUACCAUACAAUAAACCAAGAUCUUGAAAGUGCCUGAAA